AUGAUGCUGCCGGUGUCGUUUUGCUGCCAGCAGCGCAUGGAUGCUUCCAGAAUGCUGCUGGCAGCACGAUGGCAGCGCGAGGGCUGUCCUCUACGAGGAGAUUCCUCGCUUACCGUAACCAUGCGCAGCAAAGUUCCCGCAAGCACGUCCUCACCUCGCCCUCACGUGCAGGUGAAUAACUACGGGCGAAUGAACUCGCCCAGUGAUGACAUCCAUGUAGCUAUGGCGAAGAAUACGCGCAAGGCGGGAAGAUCUACCGCCGCCUCCCAUGCGAGCUGUGACGGGGACGACGGCGACGAAGAACACGGCGACGAUGGUGACGAAGAACACGGCAAUGACGGCGACGAGGAUUGGCCGGAGAACGGCCACGACGACAGCGCUUCGGGGGAUGAAUUAGCCCCUGCCGACAUCGACGAGGACGAAUGGUGGAAUCGGCCGGUUGGGAGCGACGACGAAGUGGAAGAGUUGCGGGCUGGUGAUUCGGACAACGAGGAAGGUGCCGAUGCUGAUGGUGAGCACGUGGAGGCAGCUGCGCAUGCAACGGGAGCGACGGUGGAUGCGAAUGCGAAGGCUGAUAACGAGGCGGAUGCGGAAGCGAGGACGGAAGAGGAUGUGGAAGCUGAUGCCGAUGCUCUUGCGCCCGCGGAUGUGGUCGCAAUUGCGCAUGCUACGGAGGGAGGUGCUGAUGCUGUCUUCUUUGACGGUGAAAACUCCGAUGACGACCCGUGGAGCAUCACGGGUGGCGACGAUGUUCCGCUUCUAAAGCGGAGGCUGCGUCAUCGCCUACAGUCCAAGCCGAAGUGUGCUCGCGUGGUGCUCUCUGAUGACGACAGUCCGGGGGAGGAGCUUCAACCGCACAUCACUGCUUCAGACAAGGGGAAAACCAAGGUCGGGGAAGCCCCUACUAAGGCCACCGUUUGUCGCCGCCCAAGCAACAAGAAGCGGAAGAAUGACGGCGACCCCGGAUCCAGCAUGGGUGCUGCUAAGAAGAAGAAGAAGAAGAAGAAGAAGAAGAAGAAGAAGAAGAAGAAGAAGAAGAAGAAGAAGAAGAAGAAGAAGAAGAAGAAGAAGAAGAAGAAGAAGAAGAAGAAGAAGAAGAAGAAGAAGAAGAAGAAGAAGAAGAAGAAGAAGACGAAGAAGAAGAAGAAGAAGAAGAAGAAGAAGAAGAAGAAGAAGAAGAAGAAGAAGAAGAAGAAGAAGAAGAAGAAGAAGAAGAAGAAGAAGAAGAAGAAGAAGAAGAAGAAGAAGAAGAAGAAGGUGCUAAACAAGGACGACAUCGUGGUCAACAAGGCGCUCAGCAGCAACGAUGACUACGCGGAGGUGGCAGGCCCGAUUCCUUCAUUCCCUGAGAAGGCGAAGCUGAAAGACCCCACCCCAACUCCCAUCCACCUUCCCCUCGCAGUAAGGACAGUAAGAAAAGGCGACGCGGAUGGACCGUACGCGAGAAGCUCAAGUGGGCACGCCGCUACCAGGAGCUCGGCUCCUUGA